CAUCGCUGGGGGUCGGAAAAGCCUCGCAAAAGGACGACAAUUGCGCAACUUCGGAUCGCUGCUGCCGUCUUGCCCCGGAUCAGCGUUCUCCGCUGCGCCGAGCAGCACGCCGCCGCAUGCGUCUGUGUCGUUUUCACCGCUCCAGGCAAUCUUUGGGAACGAAAGGAAUUCCUUACUUGGGGUAUCCUCUAG